AGCCGCCGUCCCGGAGUCUCUCGCCGCCGAAACCCUAAUCCCCUCCACCCAAGCACCCCUGCUAGUUCCUCGGAGCUCGAUUCUCUCGCAAUCUUCCCCUCCCCGGAUCCACAUCUACCGACGGUGUGUUCCGGACGCUAUUCCAUUCGCUGUGCCAGGUCUGUAGCAGGGGAUCUGUGCAAUGGCUUUCGCUAGUAGACUGGGAAGUGUGCUGAGGAGGACAUCGGCGUCCUCGAAUUCGUCGCUGCUCCAGGCAGUAAGAUGCAUGUCUUCUUCCAAGCUGUUUGUUGGAGGACUAUCAUAUAACACUGAUGACCCAUCUCUGAGGGAUGCCUUUUCUGGCUAUGGGGAUGUCCUUGAAGCUAGAGUCAUCAUGGACAGGGAGUCUGGCAGGUCAAAGGGUUUUGGAUUUGUUACUUAUACAUCGAGUGAAGCUGCCGCAGCUGCCAUCAGUGCCAUGGAUGGCAAGGACCUUCAAGGACGAGUGGUAAAGGUGGACUACGCCAAUGACCGUGCUGGUGGAAUACGUGGAGGUGGAUACGGCAGUGGAAAUUACGGAGGUAGCGGAUAUGGCACUGGUGGAUAUGGCAGCACAGGACAUGGAAGCGGCGGUGGUGGAUAUGGAGGCAAUGGUGGUGGUUAUGGAAGUGGAGGGCAUGGCAGUGGUGGUGCAUAUGGUAGUGCAGGAUAUGAUGGUUACAGUGGUGCAGCUGGUGGCGGUGAGUAUUCUAGCAUCCCCAACAAUGCAUCUGCUGGUGGAUAUGGCAGUGGCGGAAGCUACAGUAUCCCAAGCAACUCGGAUGGAAGUACUGGUAGCUACGGCGGUGCUGGUGGGGGCGGUGAGUAUUCUAGCAUCCACAACAAUGCAGCUGCUAGUGGAUAUGGCAGUGGCGGAAGCUACAAUAAUGCCAGCAACUUGUCUGGAAGUACUGGUAGCUAUGGCGGUGCUGGUGGUGUUGGUGAGUAUUCUAGCAUGCACAGCAAUGUGGCUGCUGACGGAUAUGACAGUGGCGGGAACUAUAGUAAUGCCAGCAACUCGGCUGGAAGUACUGGUAGCUAUGGCGGCGCUGGUCGUGGCGGUGAGUAUUCUAGCAUCCACAACAAUGCGGCUCCUGGCGGAUAUGGCAGUGGCGGAGGCUACAAUAGUGCCAGCAACUUGGCUGGAAAUACUGGUAGCUAUGGCGGCACUGGUGGUGGCGGUGAGCAUUCUAGCAUCCACAACAAUGCGGCUCCUGGCGGAUAUGGCAGUGGCGGAGGCUACAAUAGUGCCAGCAACUUGGCUGGAAAUACUGGUAGCUAUGGCGGCACUGGUGGUGGCGGUGAGCAUUCUAGCAUCCACAACAAUGCAGCUCCUGGUGGAUAUGGCAGUGGCGGAAGCUACAAUAGUGCCAGCAACUCGGCUAGAAAUACUGGUAGCUAUGGCGGCGUUGGUGGGUACAAUUCUCCCAACACCUAUGGCACCAGCGAUUACAAGAACGGAGGUGGCAGCAAUGCAGUCUUCAGCGGAAGCACUGGUGGGUACAAUUCUCCCAACACCUAUGGCGCCAGCGACUACAACAGCGGAGGUGGCGGCAAGGCAGUCUUCAGCGGAAGCACUGGCGGUUCCAGCAGUGGAAAUUCUGGCUUUGCUGGCGGCAAUUUCACAGGAAAUGUGAGCAGUACUGGCAGCUUUGCUCGAAAUGUUACUGACACCAGCAGCCCCCAUGGCACCAGUUAUGCCAGAGGAUUCGGUGGCGGCGAGACUACUGGAGCUACUGACAAGGUACAGUACAGCCCCAAUAGCAACAGCUAUGCAGGAGGGUUUGGUGGCGGUGAGACUGUUGGAGCUAACAAGGUACAGUACAAUGGCCAAGACGAUCUUCUGGGUGAUGACUUCUUCUCCGAGUCGGAGGAGCGUCAGGCAAGCAGGUCGGCAUAAGCUCUGGUGUCGCACCCUUGCUUGUUGCAGUGAAGCAUCCCGAGCCAAGGUAAUCAAUAAUACCUGGUGGUGCUUCUUACAGCACAUGAAACACUCUUUGUGGGUAUGUUAAGAAGUAUUUGGUUAUUCUGCUUUGGUUUUGCAUGCUAUUUUGAGAGAAGUAAUAAGAUGGUGCUCUUGGCAA